AUGGCACCAACGAAAUACAUUGAUCGGCCUGUGCCGACCAUCUCCCUCCGCGACUUCGACUCUCGGAUGGACGUGAUUACACAGGAACUUCUCGAUGCUGCAGAGAACCAUGGGUUCUUCUGUAUCGUAGACCACGGCAUAACACGCGAUGCUGUUGAUGGGAUCUUUGACCAGUCAGCACGUUUCUUCAACCAACCUGAUCCCGUAAAGUCUCAGGUGCCUUUCUCCCCUCAGCACAAUGCUGGAUGGGAGAAGAACGCGCAAAUCAGGCCAUCGACUGGUGCAGUCGACCGCAAAGAAUCUUAUCAGAUGCAAUUCGGCGAAGGCAUGAACGGCCGAUGGCUAGAUGAUGAGACUUUGCCUGGCUUCCAGGCGGAGGCCCUGAAAUUCAUGCACAAAGUACAAGCGGUCAGCGAGAACCUCAUGAGGUGCUUUGCGCGAGGAUUGGAUUUUGAGGACGACUAUUUUAUCAAAGCACAUGAUGUCAGAAGGGCAGAGUCCCAGACGGUGUGCCGAUUACUACACUAUUUCGAAACCCCGCGGUUACCGAAUCCCACUGGGGAGGUGCAUCACAGAGCAGGUGCGCAUGCUGACUGGGACUUUUUGACCUUAUUGUUCCAGAAGGCAGGGCAGUCUGGUCUCGAGAUAUGUCCAGGACGGGAAGUUUCGACAUCGUUUGGCUACGGAGACGCUUGGACAAAGGUUGAGCCUGACGCUGAGAAGAACGCGAUCGUCUGCAACGUCGGUGACUUGCUCAUGUCAUGGUCUGACGACCGCUUCAAAUCCACAUUCCAUCGCGUCAAGGCUCCGUGUGAGCCCGACGACUAUUAUGGCGAGCGCUAUAGUAUCGCCUUUUUCAACCAACCGUGCAAAGACGCUAAGAUCCAAGGUCCGCUAAAGAAGUAUCCAGUGAUAACAGGAGAGGAGUUUACCAGAAAUGCUAUGAGUCGAAACUACCAGGCUAUACAAGAGAAGUUGAAGAAAGAGAAAGAGCUGGUGGUCAAGGCCGUCGAGGUGGACGCGACGACAGCUCGUACGGUCAGCGCUACCGCAUAG